UUAAUGUUUUUCAAAUAGAAAUAAAUAAAUAUAUUAUUAAAACUAUAAUGUAUUUUAUUUUAUUAGUGACAUAUUGAAAAGAUUAAAGAUGAACGCGACGAAGAAAAUAAAUGUUAAUUUUUCAUCUUUGGUGGGUUUAAAAGCUGAACUUUUACGAAAACAAACAGAAGUAAAAGAGGCCAAGGCACAUAUUGAGAUAACCCAAACAAUUAAACUUAAACGUAAAUCGAAACAAGUCAAAAAUGAAACAAAUAAAAAUUCUACUGAAGAAUUAACAGACAUAGAUGAUAUAAAUAAUCACAAGAAAUCUAAGAUUGUGUUGGAAGCCAAAUCCAGAUUGUAUACAAAGUUGAAAAAGUUAAAAAAUAGUAAUGACAAUUAUCUCGUUGAUUUUACUAAUAAAUCAGAUGAAUCUGAAGAAGAAAUUAUUAAAGAAGAUGAUUACGAUGACAGAUUCGUAGACUCGGAGGACAGGUGGGUCGAAUAUGAGGAUUGUUUUGGACGUACAAGAAAAUGUUUAGCUAAAGAUCUCCCAUUGAUGCGUGAGAAAGAUGAUUUAUUAAAACAAGAAAUAAUGAAGAAGAAUAUUCAACAGAGUAAUGAGUCUAAUAAUGUCGAAGAGUCUCAACUAACGAAAGAAUCAGAAAUAGAUGUUAUGAGAAGAAAAUGGGAGGAACAAACGCAAAAGCUUGCUGAUAAAUCUGAUAUACAUUAUCAAGAUAUUUUAUUUGACGAAGCUCGAGCACAUGGCGUUGGAUAUUAUGCUUUUUCCCAAGAUGAAGAAGAGAGAAUCAAACAACAAGAGAAUUUAAAUAAUUUAAGAAAAGAAACUGAACAGAAACAAAAGAAUAUCAAAGAAUUGAAGGAUUUGAGGGAUAAGAUGGAACGAAAUAGAUUGAAAGCGGCUAAAAUUAGACAAAGAAUUAGAGCAGGUUUACCUAUUGAACCAGAAGACGAAGAAAAGAAAUCUACAAAUACUGUUGAUAUUUCCAAUGACGUUAAUACUACUUACAAUGUUUCUUUGUUAAAAGAAAGUGAAGUAUCUAAAGAUGAUACAUGUAAAGAGAAUGAGAAAACUAGAGAAGAACAGAUAAAAGCAUUAGAAGAUACUUUAGAAAAGCAAAAAAUUUGGCGAGAAAUGUCUCAAGAGGAAUGGGUGUAUAAAUGUAGAAAACAAAGAGUACCAGAAUUCGCACCUGUUUAUAAUCAAGUUUUGGGAUCACGUUUAGAAGAAAUUAAACAAUCUGAUGAUACUGUGGAAUCUAAUAAAGUCUCCAAUCAAAUUGAUCCUUUGACUAAUGUUAAUAGAUUAUCUGCUGAUCAAAAUGCUUCAUCAACAGAAGAAAAAAUUUUAAAAUGUAACAAUGAUCUUAAGCCUAAUCAAAGUAUUAAUAAUGUUUUAAAUAGAACUAUUGAUGAGGAAAAGAUAGCUGCUGGUCUUAGAUACCUGAGAGAAAAAUACGAACAAAGUCAAAAUCUUUAUCAUUUCAGAUUGCAUAAUUUUAAUAUGAACGAAUUAGAUCAUAAAAGUAAAGAGACAGAUGUUGAGAUGUCUUCUUCAGAAGUAUCCAACGAGUCAAAUAAAACAACAGGCAAAAGACAACGUGAGAUAUUUUCUGAAGAUGAAAUAUUACCUACAAAGAAGUCUCGCAAUUCUACAGAACAAGAAGUACCAGCUGAAAAUGGAUCAACGUUGCAUGAUGCCAAUGAUGAUGAUGAUGAUGAUGAUGAUAAUGAUGAUGAUGCGAAAAAAGAAAUAAAAGAAAAUACAAGCUCAUCGAAUAAUCAGGAAAGUAUAUCUUCAUCUACUAAUAAUAUUAAUAAGAAAUCUGAUGAAGAAGAAGAAAAAGUAGAUAAAGAAGAGAAAGAAAAAGAAGAAAAAGAAGAGGAAGAAGAAAAAGAAGAAGAAAAAGAAGAAAAAGAGAAAGAAGAAGAAGAAAAUAAUGAAAACAGUUCACCAAAAGCUAAUGAUAGUACAAACGAAAUUGACGAUGAAAAAUCAAAUGAUGAACCACAAAAGGAUUCUUCUAAGAUUAUCGAAAAACUUGAUGAAUCUGUUGCAAAUGAUAGCAUGAAUAAUUCAUUGAAAAAUAAAGAAAGUAAUGAAGAUGAUAGUAUUCAUUUAAAUGUUACUACGUCAUCUACUAAAGAAACAGAAGUAGUUGAUGGAUUGGAACUUUCAGUAGAAUGUGCCAGCGAUAAAGAAGAAUCUAGUUCUGAAAGUGAAAAAGAUAAAGAUCCUAAACCAAGAAAAAAAACGAUUAUUGUCAAAGCUAAACCGAAUGAAUCUGAACUUGAAGUUAGUUCGUCCGAAGCGGAAGAAUCAGAAGAACAAAAUUUAAAAGAGAAAAAGAAAAAUUUGAAAUCGGGAAAACAGAAAAAUACUAGAACAUCUUCCAAUACAAAAAAUUCUGGCUCUGAGGAUAGUUUAGAUAAAAAUAUGGAAGAUGAAGAAUAUAAGCCACAAAAUAAGAAAAAAGUUAAGAAAAAUGUAAAUAAAAAAACUACUAAACCAUCCUCGACUGAAUCUAGAAGAGGUCGUGGUGCACGAAAAGUUAAUUCGAAAAAGGGCAAUGAUAAAAGUAUGCUUAAUGACAAUGAAGAUGAGGAUAACGAUAAUGAUGAUAAAGACAAUGACGUUGAAAAGAACGACAAUAAAGAAAUUGCUGAAAGAGUAACCAAAUCGAUUGAUGAAAAUAAAGAUGAACAAGAGCACGAUUCAUCUGGUGAUGAAUCAUCUGGAAGCGAGAGUGACAAUGAUGCAGAUCAAUCAAAGGAUGGUAAAAAGAAGAAACGUGGUUCUAACAAACCUGAAGAUGAUAAGAGGAUAAAAUCAUUAAAAAAAUACAUAAGAGCUGCUGGUAUUACUGUUAAAUCUUAUCAAGAAAUAUGGAGUGGAUGCAAGUCCAAUGCUGCUAGAGUAAGACGACUAAAAUCGUUGUUGGAAGAACAUGGAGUUAGCGGAAGACCGACUUUGGAGAAGUGCAAGAAAGUGAAAGAACAUAACGAAAGGCUGAAAGAAGUAUCUGAAUUAGAUAAAAGCAAUAUUAUAUCAGAAGGACGUGUUACACGUUCCCGCAGAGGUAUGGAUAAUAAUAAGAAUUCAAUAAUAACACCGGAAACUCCAACACGAUAUCGCGAAACUCGUAACGCGUACAAAAGAAUUCAAACUGUUAUCGAUAGCGAUUCCGAGUGAAAUCUAAGUUAAGUUUAUUUAUAUUAUAGGUCCUUCAUAUAAACUAUUUUUUAUCGGAAUUUCUAACAUUAAAGUUUAUGCACGAA